AACCGUACGGCCGUGGGCAGAGCCAGGACUGACAGUCAAACUGAACGUCCCACGCUGGAUCUGAGAGAUCUAACAGCGCCACUGCCUCUCGUAUGUGCCUGUCGAUCCUCGUCAUUGGUCUUGGCACACCAGAGCCCCACCACCACUGCAUCCUCCUCAUGCUCGUCCAACAGUGACCUCCAUCUCACCCAAAUCUCACGUACCACACACCGCCCUCCACCUCCAACAUGGGCUCCUCCGACCCGCAACCUGUGUCCGUCCUGUUCGUGUGCCUCGGCAACAUCUGCCGCUCCACCAUGGCCGAAGGCGUCUUCCAGUCCCUCGUCGCCGCCGCGCCGCCCUCCACCCGCUCCCUGGUCUCCACCAUCGACUCCUGCGGCACCGGCGCCUAUCACGUCGGCGACAGCCCGGACUCGCGCACCAUGUCCACGCUGCGCGCCAACGGCAUCAAGACCUACAAGCACGCGGCGCGCAAAUUCGCCCCCAAGACUGAUUUCUCGGACUUCGACUACAUUCUCGCCAUGGACGAUAGUAAUCUUGAAGACUUGAUGGAGCUGCGCAGGAAAGCUGUGAAGGGGAAGGGCGAGGAGGGCGUCGGGCGAGUGAUGCUGUUUGGGGAGUUUGGGGGCGAGGCGCGGAGGGGAGGGAGGGGCGAGGAGAUCCAGGAUCCGUAUUAUGGGGGGAACGAUGGGUUCAAGGUGGCGUAUGAGCAGGCUGUCAAGUUCUCGAAGGUGUUUCUGGAGAAGUUGGAGAAGGGCGAGUUGAGCUAGAGACGGGGCUGAAGAGAUUGAGCGCUUUUGAUACCCUUAGACCGAGCAUGCGGACUCUAACAAUGCAUAUACACAUACUCCUACACGCCUCGCGCCAUCCUUCAUCCUUCCACCAUCUCACACAUUCCCCCCUCCUCACGCCUUCCCCUCCUCCCCCUUCGCCUCCUCCGCCCUCAACCGCUCAA